UCUUCGCCAUACUUGCACAGCAGCAGCAGCAGCGGCGGCAGAGGCAGCACGCAACGACCGUACUUACUGCAGGCACCUGGAAGCCUCUCUCCUUUGAACAAAAAGACAUGGCUGAGGAUGACAUGACUCCAGAGCGGCUAGCAGCCAUCGCCGCAGAAAAUGAGGAGCCAGAGCUUGUGAACUACAAGGCACCUGCCCGAAAGACUGUGCAGGAGAUCCAUGAGCUGGAUAAGAAUGAUGAAAGUUUACGCAAAUAUAAGGAAGCCCUCCUCGGCGCUGGAGUCGCUGAAGCUGAUCCCAGUGUUCCCAAUGUCCAGGUGACCCAAAUGGCUCUAAUGUGUGAAAGAGCCCCAAAUCCUUUGGUGCUGGAUUUGCAAGGAGACUUGGAAUCCUUCAAGAAAGAGGCCUUUGUUCUAAAGGAAGGAGUUGAAUACAAAAUCAAGAUCAGCUUUAAGGUGAACAGGGAGAUUGUUUCAGGUCUGAAAUAUGUGCAGCAGACAUACAGGAAAGGAAUGAAAAUUGACAAAUCUGACUACAUGGUGGGCAGCUAUGGGCCCCGCCCUGCUGCAUAUGACUUUCUGACCACCGUGGAGGAGGCUCCUCAAGGCCUAAUGGCCCGCGGCAACUACGUCAUCAAAUCCAAAUUUACUGAUGACGACAAGCACGACCACCUGAGUUGGGAGUGGAACCUCAACAUCAAGAAAGACUGGAAAGACUAAGCGGCCUUUCAGUGGGUGGCGAGUCAAAGAUGUCUACCAGUUGUGUGUCACGAGACGCCCGCUGCACCGACACCCAAUACUGCAGUCUCCUUCCGCCAUUUGGGCCUUUUUUUUUUUUUUAUAAAUACUGUCAUACAUUUAAUUUCUUCAUGCCUUUAUGUCUGUAUCUGCUUAACACUCUUGACAGUCCUCACAUUCUUAGCAUCAGUAGCAGCACUUUCCCCCGUCCAUUCAAGCAACCAUCCAAUCACAUCACCUCAUUAAGCUUUGUUUGAUGGAACCUCAAACCUUCCCCCCAGCUUUACUCCUCUCUGUUCAUUUUGCGGGUCGAAAUCAAGAUCUGCUUCUUCAGAAUGGUGUCUUCCUCCCAAUGAAGUACAUGGUUAAAGCAAGUGUACAAUCAGCUUAGUUUGCCUUUCUAUCUAGUUGUAUCACUGGUUGUGUGACUGUGACUGUGUCGACAUCACUGAUAAUCAGCUGUCUCCCCACCACAUCCAUCAUUCCGUUGUCCACGUGCUUGCUGUCUUUUGAUAUAAUGACCAAUACCUGCCUUCAUUCAGAGCUGCUCUACAUGUAGUCAUACGCCCCCUCUUAAAAUGGGAAGUGUUGCUCAAGAAUAUUGGUCAUCAAAAACUGCCCCGGGUGGAGUUUGGUGCCAGGUAGCCUGACAAGUCAAGGGCUCACUUCGCUAUCAAUGUAACACCCACCCGUAGCCCUGUUGAAGUAGAGAUUGAUUUGACAGGUAACUUGUUGGCUGGGCACCCGGCCAAUGCGCCCCAAAUCAACCCUUAUAAUUGCAGGGUCAUGAAUGUUCAGAAUUGGAGAAAAUAAGAAGCCUGUGGCCUUAUCGCAAAUGCUCACGUAAAGAAAACUCACAAAUGUUUCUCUCGUUUGCUUUGGUGGUGGUCCUCAUUUGCCUUAAUGUACACGUGCUCCCUGCAACACCACCUGAGCUGGCGGUGUCUGCUGCUGAUGGCAGUAGUAUCAGCUGCUAGCUUUUUUUUUUUUUAAACACAGUGACAAGGGUCAUACCACUUAACUCAGUAAUUCAUAUGAAGACUGUUUUGGAAGAAAUGACUGGUAACACAAACCCUAAAUGAACUGAGCAUUUGGAUGUAGCUUCUUUGUUGUUUUAACAUAAGCUAUGUAUUCCUGCGCCAUACAUUCCUUCACAUUGUAUAGUUUCUAUGAAAUCACUGGCAUGCUGGUGGGGUUGUACAUGAUAUCAUUUGUGAUUAUUCUUGGUCAAUAAAGAUUUUGCUCAGCUUGGA